ACAGAGUGUGAGACUCGUGUAGUGAUUCAAACAAACACGAAACACACUUUACAGAGAUACAUUGCUGGUGCAUUUGCUGAACAUACGAUGGAGCCUUAAUUUAAACACAUAUUUCUGACAUCUAAACAUAUUUGUUGAUAAUUCAGCUGCUGAAGGCCUCAGGAUUCGUGUUUGUUUUUCCAGGUGAGAAGCGCGAGCGCUUCCUGAAAUCUGCAGCAGGUCCUGGUGGUGGCGCGGUGACUCACGUCAAUCCGCGCAUCUUAUCACGUGACUCGUUGUGCAUGACACAGCAGAGACUCACAGCAUGUGGAGACUCAUGUUACUCUCCACGAUCCACGCACAACUUACCACACGCCCCAUUGAGAGUGAGAACCACUAAUCACGACCACGAGGAGGUUACCCCAUGUGACUCUACCCUCCCUAGCAACCGGGCCAAUUUGGUUGCUUAGGAGACCACUCAGCACACCCUGGAUUCAAACUCACGACUCCAGGGUUGAUAGUCAGCGGCAAUACUCGCUGAGAUACCCAGACCCCUACAGUGGAGUCCACUUGUGAAAAAGCUUCUAUUUUGUGCUUUUGUAAUUUCAAAUAAUAAGUGGCAUCAUGUCUUCUCACCCGCGUCGUGUCCGCCUGAAACCAUGGCUCAUCGCACAGGUGGAUAACGGGACGUUUCCAGGUCUCGUGUGGCUAGACCGUGACGCCAAACGCUUCCAGAUUCCAUGGAAACACGCGACGCGUCACACUCCACAGCAGGAGGAGGAGAACACCAUCUUUAAAGCAUGGGCUGUGGAAACCGGUAAAUAUCAGGAAGGUGUCGACGAACCAGAUCCAGCUAAAUGGAAAGCUCAACUGCGCUGCGCGCUCAACAAGAGUCGAGAGUUUAACCUCAUUUACGAUGGAACUAAAGAAGUGCCCAUGAAUCCACUGAAGAUCUACAAUGUGUGUGAUAUUCCUCAAACACACAGUAACCCAGGUUCAGUCCCGACAUAUGAGACUGACGGUGAUGAAGAUGACGUUCCCGACACCCCAGAGCCCCCUCCUCCAUACCCAUCCCAUGGUAUGAGUUCUCCACUGGCUCCGGUUUGGACUCCUCCUGGUUCCGUCUCGCCGAUGCAGCCACCCAGUUGCCCGCCUCCCGUGGAGAUGUGGCUUAAGAAAGAGCCGCUGGAUGUAGAGAUGCAGGCUCCGCCCAUGGAGCUGCAGACGGCCAUUACGCCGAUGAACACCUUCUUCGAAACGCCAGAGACGUGGAUCAGCUCUCUGCCCAUGACGGAUCUAGAGGUGCAGUUUUAUUACCGCGGUAAAGAGGUGUGUCCUCCGGCCAUCGUGAGUAACCCGCAGGGCUGUCGGCUGUUUUACGGUGAUCUGGGUCCGAUGGUCAAUCAGGAGGAGUUGUUUGGUCCCAUCAGUCUGGAGCAGGUGCGAUUCCCCUCCACCGAACACAUCAACAACGAAAAACAACGUCUGUUCACGGGCCGUUUGCUGGACGUGAUGGACCGCGGUCUGAUUCUAGAGGUUAACGGGCACGAUAUCUACGCCAUACGACUGUGCCAGUGUAAAGUGUACUGGUCCGGUCCCUGCGCCCCCAAUCCAAACAUGCCAAACCUCAUCGAACGCCAACGCAAGGUCAAACUCUUCUGUCUGGAGUCGUUCCUGAGCGGAGUGAUCGCUCAUCAGCGCGGUCAGUCAUCUGAACUGCCUCAAUUUGACAUUCAUCUGUGUUUUGGGGAGGAGUGGCCCGACGGGAGACCCAGAGACAGAAAACUCAUCAUGGUACAGGUCAUUCCAGUGGUCGCGCGUAUGAUCAGCGAGAUGUUUUCAGGCGACUGCACGCGUUCGUUUGACAGUGGAAGUGUCCGUCUGCAGAUCUCGAUUCCAGACAUCAAAGACAACAUCGUAACGCACCUCAAACAACUUUAUCGACUCCUACAGACGCAUCAGGGGCAGGAGAACUGGCCCCUCCCACCUGGAACUGGGACUAACCCGCCAUAGUUAAAUGUUAGCUGAUGCUGAAUAGAAUAUAAUCUGUGGUCACUUUCCAGCAACUGUUGUAGUGAGUUUAGUGUGUAAAUACCGCCGGGUCAAAGUUUCGUGUGUGUAAACGACUGUUAAUCAUCAGCCAAAGCGAGACUCCACGCUUUAAACCUCUCUAAACGAAUAUUUAGCAUCUUCCUAAAUACAGAUGUGCUUUUUAUCAUUGGUUUAGUUUUCUCACGAGCUUUUAAUGAAGUUUCUGAUUAUUAAUGUAUUUUUUACUGCAGAGUUAAUGUAUCGAAUAUUACACAUUUAAUCGUGCUUAAUGUGGUUUUCUGCACUUUGGGGUAAAUAUCAGCUAGUUUUUAACUGUACUAUAUAUCUGACAUUUCAUAAGGACAUUCAUGUAGAUUUGUGCAAUAGCGUUUUUUUUAAAUAAUUUUUUUAUCAAAUAAAAUGAAAGAUGUGCACAUAUAUAAUCUUUUUAAGUAGUUUGUUUUUUUUUGUGAAAAAAAGUUUAAUCAAUAAAAAAGUUUUCUAACAUGUUUCAAGGUAAUAAAAUUAUUUUUUUUUUAAUAAAUAUCAUGAAUUCGAGUCAAAAAUAUCAGGAAGUUUUCUCAUGAUUACACAUGACUUUAAAGUGUUUUGAAAUAUUAAUCUUAUUAUAAACGCAGUUGUUUCGCUGCUUAAUUUUUUUUUAAAGAAUUUAAUUUUAAAAUGAAUUAAAUAUUAUUCUGCACUUCUCAUGCCAACAUUUUUUUUUUUUUUUUAGAAUUUCAGCUUUUAAUGAGAUUUUUUUUUAUUUAUUUUUUUAUUAUUUUUUUUUACAUUGUCUUUUUACUGUCUUCUGAAGGUUACACCACAUGACAUUUUUUACUUUAAGCCCCAAAACAGUAUUUGCCCCCUUCCUUAUAUUUUUGUGUGUUUUUCAUGCUAAAUUGUUUUAGAUCUUCAAAUCAGAAUGAGCUUUAUUGCCAAGUAUGCUUACACAUACAAGGAAUUUGUCUUGGUGACAGGAGCUUCCAGUGCACAACAAUACAACAACGGCAACAAGACAUAGAUAAUAAUAAAAAAUAUACACAUAUGAACAUACACACAUACACAUACGUAGUGCAAUCCAAUACAAAUCUGUUAUGUACAGUGCAAAUGUUUUUUUUUUUUUGUGUGUGGUUUUUUUUCCCAGAGGAAUGUAAUGACAGAAGAGGUUGGAUGUGUUGAAUAAAUAUAAG